ACUGUAUGUGGUUAGUUGGUUGCUAUGCGACGUGUCCCGGAAGUAAAUGUCUGCGUCGUGGUGUGUUGAAUUAUGGCUGCUUCAACAGUCAACAGUAAUAGCCGUCACAAAAGGCAAAAAUGCAUCGAGAAGCUGCCUUUACAAGACAGAGAGAUUAUUAAACCCUCCAUAACAGAGCUCACCAAAGAAGUGCGGACCAACAUCCUCUGUACGGUGGAAGGAUGUGGGAAGAUUCUGCCUAACACUCCAGCACUUAACAUGCAUCUGGUCAAGUCCCACCGAAUCAAGGAGGGGCUGGUCAACCCUACAAUUAGAAAGGACAUUAAGGAAUCACAAAAGCUCUACUGUUGCCCAAUAGAAGGCUGCCCAAGAGGACCAAACAGACCCUUUUCUCAGUUUUCACUUGUUAAACAGCACUUUAUGAAGAUGCAUGCAGAAAAGAAGCACAAGUGUUCAAAGUGCAGUAAUGGCUACAGUACUGAGUGGGACCUGCGGAGACAUGUUGAGGAUUGUGGGAGGACAUACAGCUGUACAUGUGGUUGUCCUUAUGCCAGUCGAGCAGCACUGCUGUCUCAUAUCUACAGAACAGGCCACGAGGUUCCCAAAGAGCACAGGUAUCCACCAGUGAAGAAGAGGAAAAUGGAAAUAUUGUCAAGCAGUACAACAAAUUUUAUGCCUGAUGAACUAAUAAAUGAAAUUCCAGAGUGUAAGAAAAAGUUCAGCGAAGGAGCAGUCCCUACCAUAUUCAUCUCUGGAACCUCGGCCACAGCACAACACAACACUAACCACCCCAAACACACCCAGAAGCUCCUUCUCCCAAAGCCUAAAGUGGCCCUGGUCAACGUUCCUAUUAUGCAGUUCACCCACCUGCCUGUUCUUCUACCCUCCACGGAAAGUAGUGCCUUGAGGUCAUUGGUCUUGUCUGUGGAUGCACAAGGGUCUGUAAGCACUGUGCAUAUUUUGUCACCGUCGGUCAGCACAGUGGUGUCUGAUCUGAACAAUAAGACUUACAAAGAGGCCUUUCCUGUACAUACAUCAGGCCAGGAAACAAUUAGCACAGGAGUACAGGUCAAUCUUGAGAGUCAAGCCUCUGUGGGAGAUCCAGUGGAUCUUGGAUCCAGAAACAAAACCACUUCAACAAACAUUCAAACUGACAUAUCAUACCUCAACAAAGGGAUGGAUGCUGGAUCAUUGACUGUUUCCCCCUGCUGUGAGCCUGCUGUGUCCUCUUGCUCUCAGACAGACAUCAGCGUAAGCGCUCAGAUUCAGCUGCCUGUUAAUGUGCAAACCCAGACACUACCCUCACAAAUCAAAGCCACAUUUUCCAUCGGAGCGCAGACAGAUGUUUUCAGUUUCUCUUCCUUUAAUGUGACCCGAGAAACACAAACGAGCUGUUCUGCAGCCCCAGUGGAUGAAAGCCAAAUGGACCAAGCAAUGUGCACAAAUCUUUUCGAUACUGAUACUCUCAGUGUCUCCACUCAGACUGCAGAGGCUGACGCACAUUUCAGAACCAGUGGUUUAGAAGAUCCUCUGACCAGCACUGGAGCUGGGCUUUUUGAGGACAAGACUGCUGCAUCCAUGUGUUUUGGGGCCCAGACUGACAUUUUGCACCAAAACACAGUAGCAGACAACCAGACUCAGACCAUGAUACUUUUCCGCGACCUUGAGAAUAUACUUUCUGACAGCAUGACUGGGGCAGGUUCAAGCUGUUCUUCGGGUUUAGUUGCUACGCAUGAACAGCAUCACACUGGUAUUGACUUUGACUUUGAAGAGUUCCUUAAUGCGACACACAUUCAGACUCAGACAGAAGAAUGUGGUUCAAACAGUCUGAACACAGAGACAACUUUGGAACUCCUAGACAUUGAGACACAGACUGACUUCCUGCUCUUCGACAACAUUGGUAAUGGGCACAACAGUGACGUUGGAACAAGGGUACAACCAAGUGAUCUGGAGCUUGAGAUGUUUGACACUCAGACCCAGACAGACCUUAACUUCUUGCUAGAUACGGGUGGGCACAUGCCCCUUGGCAGUAUCCUCAGACAGUCUAGUUUCAGCAUGAGCACAGAUUCCUCAGACACAGAAACACAGACCGAUGUCAGGCCUGCUCCACUUUCUCUGCCUUGCUCCCAUGAUGGGCAGGUGAGGCUCAGCACUGCUGAAACCCAGACCAUCUCCAGUUCCUUUCAGAGCCUUGGCCACCUCUUCCACACUAGCAACGAGACCCAAACAGCAGUGGAUGACUUCCUUUCAGCAGACUUGGCCUGGAACAUGGAGUCUCACUUUAGCUCGGUGGAAACCCAAACGUGUGAGGAGCUCAUCUCACUAUUUCAACACAAUGAGAAAGCCAAAAGCUAAAUGCUCCAUCAAAGGUGAUUUUGUUGGUUUAGGUCACAUAAUGAAGGAGUCAAUCCUAGUAUCUCCCUCAGCAAGGCUGGCAGAACUUCAAAACAGCUCCUCACAACCAUCUAGAGCGCACUCUGUCGGGUAAUAAUUGUGUAUGUAAUCAUAGAAUUUUUUAUUUUAGACACAAGUCCACAAUAAGGUAUUGCAUAUCUGCCCAAGUCUAAGGAUGUAUAAGUACACCUUUGCAGCACUUUAUCGCCUCCCUAUUAAUGAUCAACAUACAUUGGUAGUCCUUAAAGUAUUUUGUUUGUUGUAGUAGGUCAAGUCAGAGCCUCUUGUGGCAAUGUGUAGUAUGUUCGUACUGAUGUUACUCAGAAAUCAGACAGAAAUGAUAAACAGUCAUUCCACAAAUAAAAUGUAUUAUCUCAUAGGUGUACUUUCUAGUCUGAUAUUGUUUAGAUGUCUUGAGUCUUAAUGCCUUUGUACAUGUUUUUUUUUUUUUUUUUUUUUACUUGGGCUGUUUGUUUGCCUUGUGGUAUAGAAUUUUUUUUUAUAUUUAAUAGUGCAAUGCUCUAGACCCAUCUAAUAGCCACUGUGAGUAUAUUUAGGUCUUGAAUCAUUACAAAAUUCAUGCAAAUAUUUCUUAUGACUGUUAUGUCAUAAUUUAAUAGUUACAUCCUAAAUCAGUUGAAUUUGCAUCUUAUGCAUGUUCCAGACAUCACAUUUCCUUCAAAAGCAGUGCUGAGGAUUUGUUCAUGUUUACUGUGAUUUGCAUUCUGUACUGUGAGUAGAUUCAAAUACGCAAAUCACAAAUGUUUACUGUAAAACAAAACCUUAAAUAUUUCUUUGAAAGCAAGUAUUGAUUUUGAUGGAAUAUGUUUAUCCCUCCUUAUGAUUUUAAGUAACUGUUUACACAUACUGUAUAAACCUUUUGUUGAUGCCUUAAUUUAAGUGUUCGUAUGCUUUUGGCUGAGAUAAUGAAAUCACAGUGCUGCUUAAUGGAUGAGAUUUAGAAUUGAUGUCCUUUUUGUUUUCAUUUUCUUUAUUGGAGUUUUUUUUUGUGCGUAUAUUUAUUGUUUUGGUUCUUAUGAAUGUUUCAUCUCUGUGUGUCAAAAUUCACUACUCAUUUGCCUUAGACACUAAAUAUGAAAGGCAACCAUAGCUUUAUUUUCAUUUAGCAUGUCUCUCUCUCUGUGUGUGUGUGUGUGUGUAUAUAUAUAUAUAUAUAUAUAUAAAUGGGAUAUGCUAUGAAUUAUUGAAUGAAUUAUGAAUUUAUUUUUACUCCUGUACUUUAUGUAUAUAGUGGAAUUUCCACAAGUAGAAUGUAAGUGACACAGUGUCUGUUCCCUUUAUGACGUUACAUUGGCUGCUUCUCAACAUUCUAACCGUAAAAGAGCUUUAGUAUUUUUAUUCCAAACACUAGGAACUCUCGUAUUCAGCCUCUGUUAAUUGAAAUGCUAUUUAGAUAUUGGAAAAAAUACUGCAAGUAAAUACAUGCUAAUUUUGUGUAGGCAAUGAUGAUGUCAUAGUGAAAACUAUUGCUAUAGAAAACUUGAAAGUGUUUCUCUGUAAAGAGUGCAUGCAUAUUUUUGUGCCAAGAAUAACUUUUAUGUUGCAUUUUGUUUUUCACCAUGUCUUAUUUAAUUUAGUAUAGGACAUAAUUUAUAAUUAUAAAAUUAUGAUUAUUUUUGUUCUUUAGAGGCUGGUCAUGUGUAUAAUCUAGCUAUGUUCUGUUGUUUAGAGGCUAUGCUGAUGCACAUGAAACUGGAAAAUAAACUGCAGAAAAGAAAUA